GCGUUAGCAUUGCUAUAAAACGGGUUUUACCCAUAGCGCAGAUAACUCAAUAUUGCUGUAUCUGUAUCUGAAUAAGUAUCCACGUUUCUAUUACUCCUAUGUCUAAUUUACUGAACUUUUAGAUUGAAUUUGCGCUAGCUUUAUAACAGAGCAGAGCAGAGUUUCUUUGAUGUUUUAUUCAACUUUGUUGGAGUAAGUGUCGUGUUUGUUUCAUGGAGCAAUGGGUUUCAGCUGCUUUGGUGCUUUUGGAUCUUGUAAAGAUCGUAGAGGGAUGAGGAAACAAGAGCUUGAAACCAACAACGCAAGACUGUUCUCCUAUAACGCCAUUAGAUUAGCAACAAAACAUUUCCAUCCAUCAAACAGAAUAGGAGUUGGUGGUUUUGGAGUUGUCUACAGGGGGGCUUUAAAGGAUGGAACUUGUGUUGCUAUCAAAUGUCUUUCUGCUGAAUCUAAGCAAGGGACUAAUGAAUUCUUGACUGAAAUUAAUACGAUUUCAAACACCUUGCACCCCAAUCUUGUUAAGCUGAUCGGUUGUUGUGUUGAAGGGAGAAAUAGAAUUUUGGUAUAUGAAUACUUGGAGAACAACAGCCUUGCCAAUGCUUUACUUGGUACCAGCAGCAAACACAUUUACAUGGAUUGGCCUAAGAGGGCUGCUAUAUGUUUGGGAAUAGCUUCUGGCCUAGCAUUUCUUCAUGAAGAAGCUGAGCACCAUAUUGUGCACCGAGAUAUAAAGGCUAGUAAUAUUCUUCUGGACCGAAAUCUUAAUCCCAAAAUUGGAGAUUUCGGUCUGGCAAAGCUAUUCCCUGACAAUGUAACACAUGUCAGUACCCGAGUGGCAGGAACAAUAGGAUACCUUGCUCCUGAAUAUGCAUUGUUAGGACAACUUACAAAAAAGGCUGAUGUAUAUAGUUUCGGGGUGCUUGUGCUGGAAAUAAUAAGCGGAAGAAGUAGUAGCUAUGAUGCCUUUGGUGAAGAUCUAUUGAUUCUGGUGGAAUGGACAUGGAAGCUGAGAGAAGAAGGUAGGCUUGUGGAAAUCAUAGACCCGGAGUUGAGAGAAUAUCCAGAGGCGGAAGUAACACGCUUUAUCAAAGUUGGCCUCUUUUGUACCCAAGCAGCUUCUCAGAAAAGACCAGACAUGAAACAAGUGAUUCAAAUGCUGUCUAAAGACGUUAAACUAAACGAGGAUGUCUUGACAGGGCCAGGAGUGUAUAGAUCACCGCAUAGCUCUAAAAAAUUGGUUUCUGACAACACGCAUACUUCAUCAUCUUCUCAUACACAGACAACCAAGCAUAAUUCUCCUUUAACCACUUCAACCCAGUUUGAUAGCUUAUAAAAUCUUCGAUUUUAUAUGAAUUUACUCUGUCAAUUGUUCCCAAAUUGUAAACAUGGCAGCCCCUCAAGUGUACUAUCUUUUGACCUGUACGUAGUAGGGAGUUUCACAAUGAAAACUGACAACAAUAUCUUAAGAUUGGGUAACCUAGGAAGACAAAUGGAGCAGAACGAUACUCUAUUUCGUCAUGAUUAUAUACUUGGGGGUGCCAAAGAUCGAGCUAAUUUGUGUAGACUGUAUUUUGUGAUGAU